CAGGAGUAAAUGAGAACUACAAUCAUUUUCUGUCUGUGGGUUUGUUUCUACAGGCACUAUGAAACUCUGUUACCUGCUUCUGCUGUCAGUGCCAGGUCUGGUUCUGGCUCAGGCUCAGACUGAGGCUCAGGAUCCGAACUACGAGGAUUAUCCAGAUGUCUUUGGGAACAGCAACAGUUAUGAUUCAUACAUCUAUCCGGCCGUCUCUCAGCAGCUUCUACAGGCCCAGACCGCCGGCCCGGGACAGACCGCGGUGGAGUUCCAGACGGAGCCGACUGAACCUGGGCCGCUGGACUGUCGUGACGAACAGUAUCCCUGCACUCGUCUCUAUUCUGUCCAUCAGCCGUGUAAACAGUGUCUCAACAGCAUCUGCUUCUACAGUCUGCGCAGGGUUUAUGUGAUAAAUAAGGAGAUCUGCGUGAGGACUGUGUGCGCCCAUGAGGAGCUGCUGAGAGCGGAUCUGUGUCGCGAUCAGUUCUCGCGCUGUGGUGUAGUUGCACUCAGUGGCCAGUGUGGGGCGACGGGCGGCAGCUGCGCCAAGAGCUGCGGAUCCUGUUAAACACACACACACACACACACACACACACUAGCCCUGGUACUGCCCAUCAGACGCUGACACUCACUCUAGCUGUAGGACUAAAACAUCUUCUACGCAAGUAUGCUAACACAAUGCUAGCACGC